AGGAAAAAAAAGGUUAAUUGCGGCGCACGCAUCCGUCGGACGAACGCUUCCCGAGCCCCCCGACUCCCUUCUCGGCUCCUCCUUCCACCGUCCGGCCUCCCCGUUCCCUCGUCGCUUGCCCGGUUGCCCCACUCCCCCCUUCCCCUCGCUCAUCCGCCACCGCGCGCACGCGUGCUCGCCUCGUCGAUCGGUCUCCGCCACCCCUCAUCGGCAGGCGUCGCGGCGCAAAGAGGAUUUCCAAGACUUUGCCAGCAGCAACACAUUUGGUUUAACUGAGCUCUUACAUUCAAAAGCAAUUGAUUUGGCUUCACGCCUUCCUCAUGAGCUCACAAGUCUCCACAUCACGGGGGUUACACCCGCCUGGCAAACUUGGGGCAUUUGAGUCGUCACAUGUCUGGCCGCUGUCCGCACCUACGAGCCAGCCCGGAGCAGGUCUUGGUGACGACCAGGAUGUCAGGCUGUUGUCAGUUGCUUGGAAUCAGGACUGUGGAUGCUUUGCUGCUGGUACCAGCAAUGGAUUCAGGAUCUUCAACUGCGAGCCUUUCAAGGAAACUUUCAGGAGGGACCUUAAGAGCGGCGGGUUCGGGAUCGUCGAGAUGCUGUUUCGUUGCAACAUCCUUGCUCUUGUAGGCGGGGGCUCCAAUGUGCAGUAUCCGCCGAACAAGGUGAUGAUCUGGGAUGAUCAUCAGAGCCGCUGCAUUGGAGAGUUUGCCUUCCGCUCUGAUGUCCGGGCUGUAAAAUUGGCAAAGGACUACAUUGUGAUUGUCCUCGAGCGGAAGAUAUAUGUCUACAACUUCACCGAUUUGAAGCUGCUCUACCAGAUUGACACUCUGUCAAAUCCCAAAGGACUUUGCUGCCUCUCCCAUCAUUCCAAUACUUCAGUUUUAGCAUGCCCUGGAGUGCACCAGGGGCAUGUUCGGGUGGAGCAUUUCGGGCUGAAGAUGACAAAGACAAUCCCAGCUCAUGAUUCAAACAUCUCUUGCAUGGCACUGACAAUGGAUGGUCUCCUAUUGGCAACUGCGAGCACGAAGGGCACUUUGAUCAGAAUAUUCAACACAAUGGAUGGCACUCGCCUACAAGAGGUACGCAGAGGACUUGACAAAGCUGAAAUAUAUAGCAUUGCGCUGUCGCCCAAUGUUCAGUGGUUGGCAGUGUCCAGCGACAAAGGAACUGUUCAUAUUUUCUCUCUGAGAGUCAGAGUUGCUGGGGAGGAUUCAAGCAAUGAGCAACACACUCUUGAAGGUCCACGGAUGGACCACCAGAACUCUUCCAGUUCUAUUGAUCCUCUUAUUCAGACGAACACUGGGUCCAAUGCGAGUUCAUCACUGUCUUUCAUGAGAGGGAUCCUGCCAAAGUAUUUCAGUUCAGAGUGGUCAUUUGCUCAAUUCCAUCUACCUGAAGUCACACGCUACAUAGUAGCAUUUGGUGCACAGAACACCGUAAUGAUGGUUGGCCUGGAUGGCAGCUUCUACAGGUGCAGCUUUGACCAAGUGAAUGGAGGGCAGAUGUUGCAGAAGGAAUAUUUCCGGUUUCUGAAGUCUGACAGCCCACCUUUCAGGACCUCAGCCAGCUGACCUGGAUGAUGAUAACAGUCACCCCUGUAAAUAUCAAAGGUUAUGCUCGGUCCAUUGUACAUAUCUUCUCACCGGCGAAGUUAUAGGCAGCCGGAAUAAGGAGCUGACUGUUGGAUCGCAACCUAUUUCCUCUCGAUGUUCUAAUUUCUGAAGCAGUUGGCCUCCCAUCCAAAUUUCAAGAAUUAUUGGCCGUUUCUCUUCUUUCAGCAAAGAACACCCAUUGGUAUGUGUAUAGCAUAAAUGUUCAAGAACGAAUUUGGCUAUGUGACCUUGCAUCUGCAAGGCUGUAACAAAUAUCAGACUUGUUCUUGCCUGUGGGCUGUGGCUUAUUGAUCUGACUGUUACCUUGGUAUGCAAUUACAAACCAUUUUGGAUUAA